UUUCAGAAGAAACAUUUUAUUGAGAAAACCAAAUUUCCAUGAUGGGCAUUUCCGUAUUAGAAGUCGUCUUCUUCCUUUUGAAUGUUGCUGGCACGUUUUCCGAAUACACAGUCCGUCAAGACCCUUUCGUUUCGGGUUUGGUGGGUUCCACCGUCGACUUCCAUUGUGAUUUGACUUUUGACGAGGAAACCCUCAUCCGUCUAAAUCCAUACUGGAAAAAGAAACAAUCCGAGGUAUACAUAUAUCCUUCUGAAAUUUCCAAGGAGAAGGACCGCGUAAAGGAGAUCAACAAAAGUGUUCUGACCGACUUUUCCAUUUCCUUUUCUAACCUGAAACUCAAUGAUACUGAGACCUACUUGUGUUAUGUCUCGCUGGUGAUUGGAGGAAAUUCGGGAUAUAGAAACAUACUUUCCUACGGAAAUGGAACGCUGCUGUUUGUGCAUGGACCAAUGCAAAUGGAAUCUAACAAUUCUGAAAUAAUGUGUAAAAUUCAAGUACAAACCAUAGAAAAUGUGAACUUGAAUUUGGAGUCGGGAAACCAGCAACUGGUGCUCACAAAUGAAAGCUACAGCCACGUACUAAAUCCCGAUGGGUCCUACUGGAUCAUUAGGAAUUUCACUGUCCCCUUGGAAAAAUGCGUCGGAAACACAACCUUCAAAUGCCUGCUCCAGCACAAUUCUGGAUACAAUAUUACAAAUGAGACCAUCAUGGUCCCCUGCUCAGGAACAUCUAAAAUCCGUCAUCCAAUCCUUCUAUAUUCUUUACUGCUGGGAACGACCUUCUUUAUAUUACUUGUGGUGCUCCUUAUCUACUGGAAGAGUAGACGUCUGGUGAUUACAACCAGGAGACCCAAAAUGAAUAUGGCCAGAUAUAAAUUUCCAUAAAACUCAGACCUUCAUCGAG